AUGAGGACGCAGGACUUGGCACACUACCACAUACCACAUAAGCUCGAUCUAUGUGUGUCGGACGUGGCAUCGCUACGGAAACUGGCCGACACGUUGGCGACGCACAACAUUGAGAGCUACAGAUCGCUACAGGUGUCUCCGGACGGGCACGCGGACGCUAGACAAUGGAAAGAGUUGCGUCGCAAAGACGAUAUCAGAGUAUACAAGGAGCGAUCUACAGCCUACGCAUCGUCCGGAUCGACGCUACCGUGCCUCCCUUCGCUGUUGCUAUUGGGCACAGUUGUUGGCAAGCUGGAGGACGUACUGUUUGUAGCUGCAGCGGCUACUGAAGAGCAGAUGAAGCUCACGUCCAGAUGUCUACAAGAUGGCGUGGUCGACAGCAAAGUGCUGCAGUCGAUUGUGCAGCCGACGGACGACCACCCGUUCCGGCACGUCGGCGUUAAGUGGCGACUACACGACGCCCGGGACUACGUUUGUCUAGACACAACGGGCAUCGCCACGAACUGUAAUGGUGAGCAGCUCGGCUUUAGUAUCUCGCACUCGGUCGCUUUCGCACAGGUCCCGAGCUUGGACAAGUUCGGGGUCGAGCGAGCGAACAUGUCCGUGUGCUGUCUGUUCCGUCAAAAGACGCCAGAAACCGUCGAGUGCUACGCUCGAGGUUUCUUCGAUUUUCGUAGCGAUAGCAGCGAGUUACUUAAUUCUUUGUCCAUGAACGCGGUGGCCACACAGUGGCUAAGCGUUUCUAAAUACGUGGAAUGCGCCGAGAUCAAGAAGAUCGUGUGGCGCAUGCGUAAAAUCUCGGGUCUCCCGGUCAACGGCCCGAUGGCUAUUGAGCCGGUGGACGAGGCUUCGACACAGAACGCUACUGAGAAGAGCGGGAGUGGCUGCAGUGUCUGUGAACGCGGCUACGGCUUCCACCUGCGACGGACAUGCAAGAUCUGUCGGCGUGGCGUGUGCUCCAGCUGCAGCGUCAAGAAACUUGUGUGCGUCUUGGCGCCUGACCGCCGCACGGUAUUGGACAAGAAACGCACAUUUUGCUCCGUAUGCAUGUUAGAGGUGACCCGGAGCGACGCUGUGGCCAUCGCGAGGGAUGAGAUUCGCGAGAAGAAGAGUUCAGAGCCACAGGACGAUGAGCAACGUCCUACUGCAGUUUAG